CAUGAUCACAAAUUAAAUUAAAUAUUCGUUUGCCCUCUAUUAGAAAUACUUCCUAAUAUCACAACACUAUAAUUAAGACAUGUAUUAUCAUCGCAGUAUCAAAUAUAUCUUAUAUUUUAUUUAGUCCCUUUACGUAAAGAACAUGAGGCUUAGCUCUAAAAAUUAAUUUCUUAAGGAGCUUAAAUCAUAGGUGGAGCUCAAUUUCCAUAUAAUGGAGCUUACUACAUUGUUAAUACUAAUGAUGACAACUACAUUAAAACUUUUAUAAACAAUGAUCCAUAUACUAUUAAUAAUCUAGCAAAAACUUCAUAUGAAUAAAUCUACCCUCAAGUCGAUAAUUUUGAUCAGUUAAGCUAAUUAUAUAGUUAUAAAUGA